GGGACAGUCAGUAUAGUGUCCACCAGGGCCGCGGCAAGGGUCCAAAGUAGCCGUGGUCGUCGUCCCCAUGGUCGUCGUGAUGCUGGUUUUAGCCUGAUGGCGGUCAGAAUGCACCAUGGUGAAGACACCAGGGACGAUGUGCUUCCAUGAUAAUAACAGUGCGCCGUUCACCUGGACCGGAGCUCCGCCGGCUGGGAUCAGACAGUUCCCAAACAGCUGUGACCUAGAGGAACAUGGACGAGGACAGCUGUCCAACGUCAAAAAUAGUCGACGGCGGCUACGCGGCCUGGUUCUUCAAGGAACUGCAGAAAAUGAGAUCGGAGGGUCUUCUGGUGGACGUGACUCUGAGUGCGGAGGGAAGAGAGAUCCCCUGUCACCGUGUGGUGCUUGCGACUGUCAAUCACUACUUCCGGUCCAUGUUCAGCGGAAGCCUCAGUGAGACCAAGAAGGACAAGAUAGAGAUGGGAGGGGUGAGCGCAGAGUCGCUGCAACAGUUGGUGGACUUUGCCUACACGUCCAAAGUUGACAUCACUGAAGAAAAUGUCCAGCCCCUGUUUGAAGCUGCGGACAUGCUGCAGUUUCACGGGGUCUAUGGCACAUGCGAAUUAUUUCUAGAAGACCGCAUAAACGAAGAAUCGUGUUUGGGAAUAUGGGCACAGGCGGACAGGGUGUCAUGUACAAGUCUGUCCGAGAAAGCAAAAAUCUGGGCUCUAAAAUGGUUUGAAGAAUUGUGCACAACUGAGGAGUUCCUUCAGCUACCAGUUCACUUGUUAAAGACAUACAUCUCAGACGAGGGCCUUCUGGCCAAGGAGGAGCAAAUUUUGGAAGCAAUCAUGCUUUGGGUUAAACACGAUCUUAAACAACGAGAAGGACAUCUCAAGGAGCUGUUGAAGUGUGUAUGCUUCUCAAGUUUGGACCAAGGCUAUCUCAAGAAGAUUCUGAAGAAAGACAAGGUAUUGGCAAAACUUCCUGGAAUCAAGCAGUUGACAAAGAGUCAGUCUACGCAUGAAACACCUCGUCACAUUCUCCAGCAAGACAUGCUGGUUCUCGGUGGUAACUGGCUUGUUCCUCAUGGUACUGGUGUUCUCAGAGGGAAGGGGCCAGUAUUGUAUUCCAACAGCUAUAUGUACAGACUUGGCCUUGAUUGUGACUGUAUUGACAGAAGCCCACUGCCAGAACCUUUUCAGGAAAGCAGGGGGCUAGCAGCAUGUGUUGUCGAUGGUGACGUCAUCAUGACAGGGGGUCUUGAGACGCCAAACCAAGCAUGGCGGUACAGACCAUCGCUGAACUCUUGGACGAAGCUGGGAUGUCUAAAACGAGGAAGAUUCAACCACGGGAUGGCAGUUCUGGAGGGACAGGUGUAUGUUGUAGGUGGUUCCAGAGAAGUCCGCAGCCCAGACAUUAUCGACAGGUUGUCUGAAGUCGAGGUGUACAAUGAGAAAACCAAUCGCUGGAGGAAGGUUGCACCACUACAGGUUUCAGUCAGCAGUUUCGGUAUAACCACCUGUGGAGGAAAGAUCUACGUAUUUGGUGGUGCGCCUUAUCUAUACGAAGGUAAUGACCUCAUGGAGAAUGAGACCGAUGCCGUACAGGUCUAUGACCCUUCCCAGAAUGAGUGGAGUUACGACAUGCAUUUGCCAGUGAAAGCGUCAUGCAUACAAGCGUGCACGGUCGACUCAAAGAUGUACAUAGUCGGUGGAUACUUAGAAUGUGUUGUGUGCAUCGAUCCCGAGGAAGAGAAGUUGCAUCUCUUGGCGGACAGACUGUUCCCUUGGAAGCAGUGCAGUGCUACCGUGUGUGGUGGGGAGAUCUACAUAACUGGCGGCAGGGUGCAUCAACUCGUGCAUAGCGAUAACGGUACACAGCGUCAGAUCGAAAACUACUCCAAGGUUCAGUGCUACAAUGUGAAGAAUGAUAUCAUGGUACUGGGUAAGGAAAUGCCAAAACCACUGUAUGGACACUGCACUGUUACUAUUGCCAAGACUUAAAGUGUUUCUGACACGAGGGACAUCAUAUUGCAACAUUUGCCUGAUAAUAUUCAAUAAUAAUAGAUAUACGCUUGUUGUGAUAUCAUUUGAACCAACAAUCAACAUUUCAUUCAAUUAUCUUGUGGUAGAAAUCAAGAGCUAGAAGUAUGAUCUCAGAUGUUUUGAUGUUCAAUAACAUCAGAAGGGUGUAUAUUUGGUGCAAAUAUACACCCUUCUGAUGCUCAGUAAAUUAUACUAUUAUUAUUGAAAUUGAUAAAGAAAAUGUUGUAUUCUGGUGUCAUAAACACAAAGAUAACUAGCUUAUCCAGCUAAGUUGGCUCAAUAAGCCUUGUAUUAAGUAUUACUCAGAAGUAGUGUAAUGGGGAUGAAGUUCCAUAUUUCUGUUCAAACUUGCCAUGCCAUUACAAGUAGUGUGUGACUCAAGGCCAAUCAGAACUCUCCCCUUACACUGGGCAAAAUAUUCCAGGAACCAAUAUUUCUCUAUGUUUGAUGCGUGCCAGAGUAAUUGGCAAGGGAAGCAAUUGAAAGAGCGAAAUGGUGCCAGAAUAGCACCAUCACCAAGUACCAUUGUAACUUGUUACCUCAACGACAUGCAGGGAAAAUGCAUUGUUAUUUGAAGCUAUCCCCCACUUGUAUAUAUAUAUAAUUCUAACAGCUCUGAACUUUCAGUCUCAUUUUAAGGCUAAAUGUUAAUUUUAAUCACAAGGCAUUCAGCUUAAUUUAUGUGCAUACAUCAGAUGUCUGUGCAUCUCUAUUGUAGCAGCCGGGUAUCUUCUGCCCUCUCCUCGAUAGAAAGACCAUGAUAAGUAUCCAUUGCAAUUACCUGUUGAUGUUAAUGGCAAUUAUACAUGCAAGACGUUUAUCACUAACAGUGUACUUCAUCGUAUACCAGAUGUGAUGUACACUGAAACAUGAACUAGGUGCAGAUGCUUUCAACAUAGAUUACUCCAAGGAAGCUAAAAAUAGAAUCUUUUGAACCUCCUUGAUCACUCUAAGCAGUUUACUAUUUGAAUGCUACUGUAUUCUACUUCAUAUUUAAACAGUACUGUAUUAUUGAAAACCCCUAGCUAAUACUCUGUUUUUACAUUUUCUAUAACCCCUCUGUUGUAUCACAUUGUACCUAUACUGAAUACUAAGGGGAGCGGGUUUUCUGCGCGUGGAGAAUAUGCGCGUGCGCGUGAAAAAUUUGCGCGUGAAAAAUAAAGUUCCUGAAAUAU